UCAUUACAACAGUUUCGGGUAUAACGUUGAAUCGUACAGAUCGAAGCCAAUCACUGCAAUGUCCCAGGAAAGAAUUCUACUGGCCUAUUCCGGUGGUCUGGAUACCAGCUGUAUCCUCAAGUGGCUGCUCGAGAAGGGAUACGAAGUGAUCUGCUUCAUGGCUGAUGUGGGCCAGGAUGAAGACUUCAGUGCUGCCCGGGAGAAAGCUCUCCGCAUUGGUGCCCAAGAUGUGAUCAUCAAAGACAUGAAGCAGUUGUUUGUGGAAAAGUGCGUUUGGCCAGGACUGCAGAUGGGAUUGAUCUAUGAAGAUCGUUAUCUACUUGGUACAUCGCUAGCAAGACCCUGCAUAUCGAUCGGGCUGAUUGAAUCGGCAGCUGAGCGAUCGUGCACAAUCAUUGCGCAUGGUGCCACCGGCAAGGGAAACGACCAGGUUAGAUUUGAGUUGAGCUGUUAUGCGUUGAACCCACAAAUCAAAGUGAUCGCUCCUUGGCGUUUGCCCGAGUUUUGCGAGAGAUUCCAGGGACGAUCGGAUCUGUUGGAGUACGCUCAAAAGCAUGACAUUUCGGUUUCGGCUACGCCGAAAGCUCCCUGGUCAAUGGAUGCUAAUAUCAUGCAUAUCAGCUACGAAUCGGGUAUUUUGGAGAAUCCAGCAGUCGCGGCUCCAGAUGAGUUAUAUCAAAUGACUCAAUCACCAGUGAAAAGCCCAAACACUCCGAUGAAGGUUGAAAUCAGCUUCAAAGAAGGUGUUCCAGUGAGUGUAACAGAACUGCAAAGUGGUAAGAAAAUGGACACACCGUUAGAUAUUCUCACUUACCUGAAUCAGCUCGGGGGAGAGCACGGCGUGGGAAGAAUCGAUUUGGUAGAGAAUCGUUAUCUUGGACUGAAAUCUCGCGGAGUGUAUGAAACGCCCGGUGCUACAAUAUUGCACAUUGCCCAUCGGGAUCUAGAGGUGUACUGUUUGGAUCGUGAAAUUUUGAGAGUCAAAUCGUUUCUAGCAUCCAAAAUGGCCGAUUACGUAUACAAUGGGUUCUGGUACUCACCGGAAGCGGAAUAUGUGAAAUCGUGUCUGAUUGCAUCCCAAAGCAACGUCACUGGUAGUGUUGUAGUGGAAAUUUACAAAGGACACGCAAUGGCAGUUUCCAGGAAGUCCGCCAAGAGUCUUUACAAUCAAGAAUUGGCAUCGAUGGAUGUUCAUGGGACACUCUCACCCAGUGCCGCUACUGGGUUCAUCGAAGUCAACGCUAUGAGGUUGAAAGAACAUCAUCGAGUGUUCGGAAGUGCUAAUAUGCAAUAAAAAACCUGUUUCAAAAAUGUUUCCCUUCGAAAAAUAUACAUUUUACAAUCUCAAUAA